AUUCCCCAAUGGGAAGCAGCUUUGCUCUCUCUGCCUCUCAGGGCACUGCACCAACAAGUCGGUCUCUGGGAAAACAAGUGUCCGAGUCAGCGCCGGGUGUCGCUUCCACAGCUGUUUUUUCAAAGGCAGGCGCAUGGAGACAGUACGGAUUGCAGUGGUGGGCGCUGGCGUGGUGGGGCUCUCCACUGCGCUGUGCAUUUCCAGGAUGGUUCCGCGAUGCUCCGUCACGGUCAUUUCAGACAAGUUCACUCCCCAUACCACGAGCGAUGUGGCCGCUGGAAUGCUUAUUCCUCACGCCUACUCAGACAUCCCCAUGCCCAGGCAGAAGCAGUGGUUCCGAGAGACCUUUGAUCACCUGUUUGCAAUCGCCAGUUCUGCAGAAGCUGGAGAUGCUGGCGUUCACCUGGUGUCCGGUUGGCAGAUAUUUCAGAGCAUUCCUGCUGAAGAAGUGCCGUUCUGGGCAGACGUGGUUCUGGGUUUCCGGAAGAUGAGCGAAGCUGAGCUGAAGAAAUUCCCCCAACACGUGUUUGGUCAGGCUUUCACCACUCUGAAAUGUGAGGGUCCAUCCUACCUUCCCUGGUUGGAAAAGAGGAUAAGAGAAAGUGGGGGCCUGGUGCUCACCCGACAAAUAGAAGACCUCUGGGAGCUGCAUCCAGCCUUCGACGUCGUGGUCAACUGUGCGGGCUUGGGCAGUAGACAACUGGCAGGGGACUGGCAGGUGGUCCCCAUCAGGGGCCAGGUACUCCAAGUGCAGGCCCCAUGGGUAAAGCACUUUGUCCGAGAUGGGAACGGACUCACCUAUAUUUACCCUGGUACAUCUACUGUCACCCUCGGUGGAAGCAGGCAGAAGGGAGACUGGAAUCUCUGCCCAGAUGCAGAAAUGAGCAGAGCUAUUUUCUCCCGAUGCUGUGCCCUGGAGCCCUCCCUCCACGCAGCCCGUGAUAUAAGGGAGAAGGUGGGCUUGCGACCGUGCAGGCCAGGUGUGCGGCUGCAGAGGGAGCUUUUGAUCCGGGGUGACCAGAGGCUGCCCGUGGUCCACCACUAUGGACAUGGUGGCGGUGGCAUCUCAGUGCACUGGGGCUGUGCCCUGGAGGCUACCAGGCUGGUGGAGGAGUGUGUCCAGGCCCUGAGGCCCUCUGCUUCCAAGUCAAAGCUCUAGGUGACAAGAAAUGAUAACAACUGGCACUUGAACUAACUGAUCAAAAUAGGGUGAAAACAGUUGAACAUAUGCAAGAAACUUUGACAUUACCCGAGAGUGUAGACACAGCUUUGUUCUGCAUCCCAUAUGGUCCCCUGUGUACCACCAGGAGUAAUUCCUGAGUUCAGUCUGGAAUAACUCUUGAGCAUCACCGGGUGUGCCUGCAGCACCCCACUCCCAAAUUCGAGAUACCAGAGGAAUAGCAGAGAAGUCUUGCCUUGCAUGCAGCCACCGUGGUUCAAAUUCUCGACAUCCCAAAUGGUUCCCUGUGUACACCAGGGGUCACUCCUGAGCACAGAGCCAGGAGUAGUUUGUGAGCAUUGCUGGGUGUGGCCCCAAUGGCCUCUCAAAUAAAAUGAAAAAGGAUGCCAUGUCUAACGGUAGAAUUCAGACUAUGCUAAUUCAAUACUAGACUUAAAUCUAGCAUCGUUAUCCUCAGGUAUAAAACUCUAUUUUUGUUAAACAGACUUAGUGUACAAUUUCAGACCUACUGAAAGAAAUGUCUGUGCUAAUAUCCAUAGAUGCUGAAAGCUAGAUUCUGACAUUUAGGGACUCAUAAAUGCACACAAGGAAGGAGACAACAUCUGGAAAU